UCAUACAAGGCAAUGAACUCGGUGUUGGAUAUGAGGGUGUCAAUCUUGAAGAUAAGACUGUUUGUAGGAGGAGAGGGACGAUAAGAAAAUUGCUCGAUCGUUUGUCUGAGAGGCACAUUCUGCUUAUCCGUUCUCCGCCAAUGGUGGGCAAAACGGCCCUUGCUCAAUUGCUGGAACAUUACCUCCUUAAUUCGGACGAAGGUCAUGACAAGCGUGUUUUGCGCAUCUCUCUAUUAUGGAUGAGCACUUGUAGUCACGUCCAAACGAUUCUUAUAGUUGAUGAAGUCCAGAAAAUUUAUAAGCCAGGAGGUGAAAACACUGAACCAGCGAAUGGUGGCAAGGUAUUUUGGAACACGUUCAAGGCUGUACAACAAUAUAAACUUCUUCAGUUUGUAGCAUUUGCAUCCUAUGGCUACCGCGGUGCUUAUGAUAGUGAUGGGUGUGGGCAAACAGUGAGUGUGUCACCAUAUCAACUUGACAAGGGAAACACGUGGGGAAUAGAGGAUAUGAAAUUUACGCGAGAAGAGUUUAACGAAUACUUUCAGAAAUUCUCUCAAUAUCAUCAUUUCUCGUUGUCACCUGAAGAUGCACAGUUGCUCUCCAGUUACGUGUAUGAAGCGACAGCCUGUCACCCAGGACUGGUUGCAUAUGUUAUGAACAGAAUUUUGGAUCGUUUUUCCGCUCAAAUUAAGCAAGGAACGGAGCGUAUGACCUUUGUAAAGGUUUUCCAGUUUCUCAAAUCUUACAGCUUUCACUCAUCCUUGUUGGACAUCCGCGCUGCGCCUCGCCUCACUUCAAUGACAGAAGAAGAAAAGAAACUCGCAGACUUCAUUCUCUUCCAUCCAAAACCCAUUCGUUCAAAUAAUAUUCCCAACCAUGGACGUCUGAUCAAGACUAACUUUCUUGUUGAUAUUCAAAAAGACAGAAACGAACAAGUGUUAGACUUUGCUGCACCAUUGCUUCGUGCAAUUUAUAUCCAUAACCGUCUUGGUUCAACUAUGCGUGCUCCAUCACCACCUGAAGAUUUCCAUGACUUUCUCAUCAAGGUCUUUGCAGCAAUGAAUCCAAUGGUGCUGCGUAAAUCCCUGGGUAUUGGUAUUGAUGGUCGACUUCUGGAACGGGUAUGGCAGAUGGAGUGGUAUCGAGCAGCAAUGCAGAUCCUUCCUGAGAGUAUUCAUGCCUCUGUGGAUGUUGGUGCUGUAUUUGGUAGUUGUGGGUAUAUUGACUUUUAUGUAGACGAUAACAGGAACUGGGCUAUUGAGCUUUUGCGAGAUGGUGAGAAGGGAGAAGAACAUCUGAAGAGGUUUGUCACUGGUGGGACCUACGGCACAAUAAUGGAUUAUGCAACAGCGUAUGCUGUAAUUGACAUUAGACAGAAUCAAAGGGGUAGCCUACCUCUGAAACAAAAACAGAACUUGGUGUACGCUAUGUGCAAUGAAAAUUUUGAAGGUGUCAAAUUAUUGUUUCCUGAUGGAAAAGAGCAGUACGUUCGGUUACUAGGAUCAUCAGAUAUGAUGUUGGAAUUGGGUAUAGAUGUUUCUGAGCUUACAAUGGUUUCAGCUGAUUACCCGUAUAUGACAAAUAGCGAAUACCAUAAGUCUACUGAAUACGAAAAAGCAAUGCGUUUCUUAGAGAUAGGUUGCAAUUGCGGUUGCUCAAAAAAGAUUCCGAGAGAAAAGUUUGCCGAGUUACGCGAGGCGUUUCAAGUUCUUUCUAGGUCUGAACAAGAUGUAUUUUUAAUGGCCCAGUUGAAAGCGAUGAAUGGUGGAGAAGUAACU